UGACCGACGUAACCGGAGAGGGAGGCCAAAUUGAUUAAUAAAUAGAGAGAGAUGAAUCGCCAAAAGUGCAAUCUUUGGAUCACCAUUACCAUUAUCAACUGAUUCAAGUCUUAUUUGCAGAGAAAAGAACUCUUCGAAACUGUUUCUUCUUGUUUUGCAUUUUUACGCCUUCGGUCCAAUCUUUGCUAAAUUGAAGGAGAAUGGCUAGGAGCGUAUUCAAGCACGAGCAUGACUUGGAGAAGAGGCGUGCUGAAGCUGCAAGAAUUAGGGAGAAAUACCCAGAUAGAAUUCCGGUGAUUGUGGAGAAGGCUGAGAGAAGUGAUAUUCCCAACAUUGACAAGAAAAAAUACCUUGUCCCGGCUGACCUGACAGUGGGCCAAUUCGUCUAUGUAAUCCGGAAGAGAAUUAAACUGAGUGCAGAAAAGGCAAUCUUUAUAUUUGUGGACAAUGUCCUCCCACCAACAGGAGCUAUAAUGUCUACCAUCUACGAUGAAAAGAAGGAUGAAGAUGGAUUUCUCUAUGUUACUUACAGUGGAGAAAACACAUUUGGGUGACAGAUAGAAGCCCCCGUUUCCGCUGUGGUUGGUUUCCUGCCAUUAAUUGAUACAGGCAUCGUGCCAAAUGUAUGUACCUUUUCUGUGUCUUCUUGUGCAGUUCUACUUUGUAAACAAUCUCUAUGAUGCUUUUCCAUUGCUGUAUAACGUUCCUUUUCCAAUUGCAUGCUCUCUUCAAUGAUGUUACUGGGAAGCAAUAUAUAAUAUUCUGAAUUGUAUAGAAAUUAAACAAAGCCAUGCAUCAUUCA